ACAAGCCUGUGGGCUGCAGCUGGCCGUCCUCGCCCUAUUGCUGCGUUGAGCUGCUGUUUCGAGCAAUUCUUGAAGCCUGACAGCCGUCCCGACCGGUGCGAGCAUCGCUGCGGCUUCCAAAGGAGCGCUACAGACACAGAGCGCACAGCUUUGCGCAGCCGCCGCGACGGCGUCGAGGCAGCAUUAGCGCUGGCGCGGCGCGUCCUCCAACUACGGCACACCGCGCCAUGCGACGCACCCGCGGCCAUCGCCGCCCGGACCCCGGCAUUGGUCCGCGGCGCCCUCGAUAGCGACUUCACAACAAGCAUAUUGAAAUGCGUCGCGUCCUCGCGCGGUGCGCCGUGGUUGGUACCUGCGCGCGGCGAAAACAUCGUGUCGGGCGAGCGGAACAAGUGGCGGCCGCGCCGCCGGAGCUUUACGAAACAAUUAUUGCUCGACGCGCGCGGCCAGGCGCGGCUCGACGUGCCACUUGAUGCGUUGCGUCUCGUCGAAGGCGCCUUCGGCGUCCGCUGUGACGGCGACGCGAGCGCCGUUUUCGUCACGUCCCAAGGUCUCCGCACGCCGCUGCACUCGGACCCCGAGGCUUCUAUAUUAGUGCAUGUGCAGGGCAAGAAGCGCGUCCUCGCGAUCCCGCCCUCGCAAUCCGACGCUUGCCCAAAACGCCUCGCGGAGCUUUUGCGGUUGCGGACGACGCCGGGCGCGCAGCGGCGCCUGUACCUUGGCGACGACGCCUCGUCGGCGCUUGGCGCGGUCGAUCUGAUAUCCGUCGAGCUAGACGAAGGCGACGCGCUCUUCCUGCCGGCGCGCUGGCUCCACGACGUCGAGUCGGCGACGGGGACGGUGUCGCUGGCGGCGCGGUUGUUGUAGUAGUAGGUAACACAUUUCUAACUU